AUGAAUUCAAAUCUUGUUGUUGCUGGAACAGGUAUUUACGGAUCAGCCUCGGAUCAGAUCAAUAGUCCUCUUGGAAUUUUUGUCGAUGUUAAUUUGGAUUUAUAUGUAGCAGAUUGUGGAAAUGAUCGAGUUCAGUUGUUUCAGUCGGGAGAAUCAAAUGGUAUCACAGUAGCUGGAAGUACAUCACUAAAUCCAACAAUUACACUUAGUUGUCCAAGUGGAAUCAUAUUAGAUGCUGAGAAGUACUUGUUCAUUGUGGAUCAAUUCAAUGGUCGUAUUGUUGGUUCAGACUUGAAUGGUUUUCGAUGUUUAGUUGGAUGUUAUGGAAGUGGUACACAAUCCAAUCAAUUGAAUUAUCCAGUUAGUUUGAGUUUCGAUCAUCCUGGAAACAUAUUGGUUACUGAUCAAGUGAAUUCUCGAAUUCAAAAAUUUUUAUUGAUGAAAGUUUCCUCUGCUCUUUCAUUCAAUCAACCAAAGUUUUGUCCAACAGCCAUUUGGAAUCCCACUGCAAGUACUUUUGUUAAUCAAUCGAUUGUUGGUGAAGAGCCUAACACCGUAUUUGUGAACACAAACAACACAAUUUAUGUCGUUAAUCGAGAAAAUAACACAAUUGUAAUGUGGCAAGAAGAGAAUGUCAAUCCAACAAUGAUCAUUCCCGGUAGUUUUAUAGGACCCAAUUCGCUCUUCGUGACAUCGAAUGGUGAUAUUUAUAUUGAUGAUGGAUAUGAGAAUGCUCAAGUACAAAGAUGGAGUGCAAAAACAAAUAACUUUGUUACAGUGAUGAAUGUCAGUACAUCAUGUUAUGGUUUGUUUGUCGAUAUCAAUGAUACUCUUUACUGUUCAAUGUAUAGUUAUGAUCAAGUAGUCAAAAGAUCAUUAAAUGAUGCUGUGAUGGCUUCAAACCGUGUUGCUGCUGGAACAGGUAUUCCAGGGUCAGCCUCGAAUCAACUCGAUAGUCCUCGUGGAAUCUUUGUUGAUGUAAAUUUGGAUUUAUAUGUAGCAGAUUGUGGAAAUAAUCGAGUUCAGUUGUUUCAGUCGGGAGAAUCAAAUGGUAUCACAGUAGCUGGAAGUACAUCACUAAAUCCAACAAUUACACUUCGUUGUCCAAGUGGAAUCAUAUUAGAUGCUGAGAAAUAUUUAUUCAUUGUGGAUUCUGGCAAUCAUCGCAUUGUUAGGUCAAGUUUAAAUGGUUUUCGAUGUGUAGUUGGAUGCUCUGGGGUGGGUUCACAAUCCAAUCAAUUAUCAAAUCCAUCUAGUCUUAGUUUCGAUGGUUCUGGAAACAUCUUUGUGGCUGAUCAAAGAAAUCAUCGAAUUCAAAAAUUUAAAUAUUUGAAAAGAUAUUGUAACAAUACUCCGUGGGUUGUCCAAAAUAUCUAUUCAUCAUCAUUGACUAACAGAAACCAAAUUUAUCACCGAGAUUGUCAGAAAGAAAUUUUUUAUUAUGAAUCAAUUCAAGUGAAGGUGAUUGAAAGUGGUUACUACAGUUUUCGUGGUAGUGGUGGCAUCGAUCCGUAUGGAUUUAUUUACAAAAACAAAUUUAAUCCGCUUGAUCCAUUAGAGAAUUUGCUCGAUCGAGAUUAUGCCCGUGACUCUGAUAUUCAGUUUAAACUUGAUAUUUAUCUUGAUGUUGACAUGAUAUACAUAUUGGUUGUGACAACAUAUGAUUCAAAAGACACUGGAGAAUUUUCGAUUGUUGCGUUGGGUAAAAAGAAAGUUAUUCUCGAGCGUCAUAGUAAUCCAGUAAAUAUUCAAUUAAUAUAUCCAUCAAAAUUAACUGAUAAUAGCCCAACAUAUCAUCGAGAUUCUCUAGUGCCAGAAUAUCAUUAUGAAGCUUUACAAACUCAUGUUAAUACAACGGGUUUGUAUGUUCUUUGGAGUGAAAGUAAUAUUAAUGCAUAUGGUGCAAUAUCUCAAGCAGAUAAAAAUGAUUUACUUUUCGAAAUAAUUAAUCCUGAUAAAAAAUUGAAAAUUGAUCUUUUCUUUUAG